GCUUUUGUUGUGGUGACAACCUUGAUACGGACAUCCGGUACACGCUCCUGUCAAAAUGGCUCGAUUACUAGCAUCUAAUAUUGCUGCUGUUGUCACAGUUUUUUUCGUCGUAUCCUUUAAUUUUGUGGUGUGUAAUAACGGUCGAAGGGUUGGUGACGCUUUGGAUACAGAAUUGAGUGGUUUUACUGUGCCUCUUGAACAUUCAUUUGAAGUCGAUGAUAUAGCAAAAUUUCAGGUACGUGGGACGUUGGUGUUGAAAGCUGGCAGGGAGCCCAGCGUCUCGCUUUCUCAGAACCAGCUCUCAGAAGAGGACAGAACCAAGCUCAAGGAAGUGGCUGCUGUUGACGGUCUCUACAAAAUCCGAGUGCCUCGUGUUUUUCUGCAAGCAGACCGACAGGCAGAGUUACAAAUGGAGGGCUACCUCACAGCGUUUGUUAGAGCGUGCGCCAUGGUUGAGUCCCACCUGAGUGACGUAAUCACCCUUCACACCGACGUCUCUGGGUACGUCAUCGGCGUCUCCAUCGUGACGCUGCCUGGAGCCUGCAGAGGCACCGAGGUUGAAGAUGAAGUAGAUCUGGAGGUUUUCAACACCACGCUCAGCGUCAUGGCUCCUGUCAAUGCUCCGGGACCUGAGACGGCUCUGUUCCUAGAACGAAUGGAACAAGAAUCGGAGAAGAAAGGAAAGAAUCCACAGGAGCAGAAAUCGUUCUUUGCUAAAUAUUGGAUGUACAUCGUGCCUCUCGUUCUCUUCCUGAUGAUGUCUGGAGCUCAGGACCAAUCAGGAGGAGGUGCUGGUGGAGGAGCUGCUAACGGAGGAGGCCGGUGAUCAACAGACAGAAGCUAAUAAUUAGGCAGUUUUUAAAUGCUGUACAUGACGCUAUUUAACAUGACGCAUGGUCGCCACACUCAGCCUAACCCUGCUCAGUUUAGAGUCCAGACUACCCCCCCGAAGACUGCAUUUUUAAUACCAACGUGAAAAUAAAGUAUUUAAGUGUCUUUGGUCGUCACUUUGAAUGAACGUCUGUGGUCUCACCUUAACCCUCUUCAGUCUUUUUAACAUCAUAACACAGUUAAAGCUGGUGAAACAGAGUGCAUGCUGGGAUGCCGAUCAAACCGGUGGCAGCUGGGACUCAUCAGUCAUAACGAGGCAGAACCACAGUGCCUCUUUAGUUCCUGGUGUCAGCAGAAGUUCUGUACGGAGCAGAAACCGUUCUCAGAACAGGAAAAGGUGUGACUUUUUUUUUUUUUUUUUUUUCAAAGUUGGGUUUAAUUAACUCUUUAUUUUUUUAAAUCAAUGCAGGAAAGCCGACAGAGAUUUUUAGCGAAGAUACAACCAUGAAUAUUAGACUUUAUCCCAUAGUGGGGAAUUUAGGUAAAUAUGUAGAAAAAGAGCAUUUGUCACCCUAACCUGCCUCAAGGGGGGAGAAACUCACCCGGUUCCAAAACUAAAACGGCCCAUUCUGUUACAGACGUUUACAUGUCAGAAUGACCCUAAAGUCUUGUGAAACCCACUGGAAGCCUUACAAAGUCUGUUUCCCA